CAACUCUAGCCAUAGCCCUAAUCUCCCAACUCUUUCUUUACUCUCCAGCAGCCCACGUAUUCUUCAUUUUCUUCUUCUUCAAUCUUCACCUGCUCACACUGCACAGACCCAUCAGCAUCACCGAUUAUCUCAGAUAGCAAACAAUAACAUAUAGCAAACAGCCUUUGAUCCAUAUACACUGAGCCAAGAAAUGAAGGAAGAAGAAGUGAAUCGAUGCCAGAUACAGGAAUGGUACCCUAAGUUUAAAUCCGUGUCUAUCAAAACACGGAUUCAUGAACUUCCAGAAUCCUUUGUCCAGUAUCUUCUUGAUGAUUCAGGGCCCUUCCUUCUUCCAGUUUCCAUCUCAAAUGAAGAUGCGUUACCUAACAGAAUUCAUAAUCCAGAGGAGGAAGAUGACUAUCAAGUAGUAGAAGGAUCUGAUGAUGAGUCAGAGCAGCCUUCGUUGCCCCCUUCUUUUCCUGAACUUGAGUUGGAGAUUAAGGAAUCCAUUGCAUCGCUUGGAGGUGCUGUGUUCCCGAAGCUAAACUGGAGUGCACCAAAAGAUUCUGCUUGGAUUAGCACAACAGGGACUCUCAGGUGCUCUUCCUUCAGUGAGAUUGCACUGUUGCUACGAUCAUCUGACUCACUGGUGCAUGAUUUGUGUCAUGCAUAUGAUUCCUGCAAUGACAAGACCUCCUCACGGCCCAAGAGCUUCUUCCUUGCUCUCCGUAAAUGGUACCCAUCCCUUCAGCCAGAGAUGGAAUUCCGCUGCUUUGUAAGGAAUCAGAAUUUAGUUGGAAUUUCCCAACGCGAGGCCACAACCUUCUACCCUUCUCUGCUUGAAAGCAAAGAGCAUCUUGGAGUGUUGAUUGAAGACUUCUUUAUGGAAAAUUUAAGGUCAAGAUUUGAGUCAGAAAAUUACACCUUUGAUGUGUAUGUGGUGAAGGACGAGCGAGUUAAGGUUAUGGAUUUCAACCCUUGGGGAGCAUUUACACUGCCUCUGAUGUUUACAUGGGAGGAACUGGAACAGAAUGAUAAUGAACAAGGAGAUGGUGUGGACUUCAGAAUUGUGGAGAGCCAGUGUGGUGUUAGGCCAGGUUUGAAGACAGCAGUGCCCUACGAUUAUGUGGACACUAGCUCCGGGAGUGGCUGGGACCAGUUUUUCAGGAACGCCAAUGAAGAGUUACAGCGUCAAAGUAGGUCUCCUGAAGCAGGUGCUUAAGGUCCUUCAUUGCUUGGACAAGAAUGAAAAAAUGCAUUUACAUUGUUAGAUGAUACUCCUCGAGUCUAGGUGUUGUUGCCAUUUUACGUAUUUGAUACUCGGGCAGGAGUAGGACUGGGUUGAACUACCUUGGGUGUAGAAACCAACAUAUGAAAUUUUUAAAGUUCUUUCAUUUCACUUGGUACUUUAAGGCUUUCCUAUGGUGUAUUAGAGGUGCUUCUCUGCAUCAAGAAUCAAGUGUUUUGUUGCUUUUCUAUAGGUU